UGAAACCUAGGACGCCGGAGCAAGAAGCAGACACGCGUCGCCGCCGCCCCCCACGCAUUGCUCACAUCUACAUUAAUUUACACGCAUCGAUCGAUCCCAUCCACUCCGGCCAUCCAUAUGCCCACCGCGGUGAGAGCAAUGAUCGCCGCGCCGCCGCCGCCGCCGCGCUUGCUUCUGCUGCUCGGUGUGGUGACAGUGGUGGUCAGCGCCGCCGCCGCCGUCGCCGGUGCAGCUCCGGCGUGCGAGACGGCGAACUGCGGCAAGGGGCGGUGCGUGGAGCAGCCGGGGCCGUUCGGGCUGGACACGUACCGGUGCGACUGCGACGGCGGCUGGUCCAACAUGUUCAAGCUCAUCCCGGCGUCGCCCUGCACCGUCCCCAACUGCACCUUCGACGCUGCCUGCUUCAACCUCGGCUUCACUCCUCCCAGGGGCAUCCCUCUCACUGACCCGUGCGUGUUCGUGAGCUGCGGCGACGAGGGGCAGUGCGUGAAAGACCAAGGGUUCAGCUACCACUGCGCCUGCAAGCCGGGAUACGUCAACAUGCUCAACCUCACCAUGUUUCCCUGCAUCAAGAACUGUGCAUUCGGCAUGGACUGCUCCGCGCUGGGGCUCUCCCCCCCGCCGCCGCCGCCGCCACCGUCGUCGUCGUCGUCGUCGCCGUCUCCGGCGCCGCCUGGUAAUGAUCGCCGCGACCCAUCUGGGCCGACCGCGCAUCCCUCCAGCCCAAAAGGCAAUGCAACUACUUCACUAGGAUAUGUUUCGUCUGGAAAUCUUCUUCAGCUGCUGCUACUGCUCUCACUUGCCAUGGCUCACAUCAUGUGAUUGCAGAACGAGGCACGUCCGGUCAGCCCCAGGAUGGAUGGAAAUUAGUUGCUCGAUCGCCAAUUACGUUAAUUACAUACGUAUAGUUUGUGCAUAUGUACUUAAUUAAUGCAGAGACAUGCAUCUGGCGAACUUAUAGCUAGCUGGAGUGAUUGCUAGUAGUAGUAUUUCCACACAGAGAAAUUCGUCAAGGAAAAAGUAGCACAAAUUGUAGUACUACGUGAAAUAAUAAUGCAGUCAAACUAGUUAUCAUA